AUGGUAUACACGAAGUCCAUGCAGCAACAACAAUUGCAACAGAUGGUCCCUAAUUCCCAUAUGGUAGCUCAAUCACACACAGUGUUCCCUCAGAAACCACCCUUUACAAUGAUACAGCAGCAGCAACAAGACGUGUUACAGAGCCAACUUGGCAUUGGCAGUGGGAUUCAGGCCCCACGAAGUGGAAGUGGGACCAGCAUGGAAGGUCAAGGAUGUGGAGUUUUUCCUGAUUUCAGCUUUGGCGAUGUACCCUCCUCACAUGGCGUUACUAGGGCAGCAACAGUAAAGUGCAGAGCAGAUAAUCAUAUUUGA